CGUUGUACCUUUCCUUGCUUCUCUCGUUCAACACUCGAUCCAAUUCUGCUACAGUCUCCCUCCAUUGCUCCUCUAAUCUCCGAUUCUCCUCUUGCCGCUGAUACUUCUCUGAUAUCUGCUUUCUCUGCCGAAUGGCGGACUCCCAGCGAUGCUUCACUGAGAGAGAUCUCCCUCCUUCCACAUCUACCGAGAACAGCAGCUCCGGCAGCAAUGUGGAUCGGGUUCUUUUCAAAAACCUCGUUGAAAUGGUCCCUCUCGUCGAAUCACUCAUGGAUAAGAGGGCGAGUUCGUCUUUUGCGCGGCGAGCUUCCAUUGUGCACACACCAGCUCCUCAGCUGAGAAGGCAGGGUGCAGAUUACAAGAGCAAAAAAGUGGCUCAGACUAAUUCGAUAAAGACAACGAGGGAUGCAGAAGAAAGUGUCCAAAAUGAUAUAAAUGAGCUUCUUUUCUUACGGGAUCAAGUUGCUGAGCUACAGAAAAAGUUAAUAGAGAAGGAGGAAGCGUUAAAAUCUGCUGAGAGUUUAACUAAUCAAGUGAAUGAAACUCAUGCAUCAGUAGGUGAACUGAGACGCCAAGUUGUUGAGAAGGAUGCAUUGAUCAAAUCUACCAAUGUGCAGUUACAUAAUGCUAAGAUCAAACUUGCUGACAAACAAGCUGCCUUGGAAAAGAUAGAGUGGGAAGCUGAGAUGUCAAAGAAAAAAUUAGAGGAACUUCAAGUUGAUGCUGUCUCUAAUGAAUUAGAGAUUAGUGCAAUGAUGACUUUGUUUGAAGCAAUUGCAAAUAGUGACUCUUUUCCAUGCAUUGAUGAUACUUCUUUUGAACCGCUUCCCCAUCUACAGGAGGACAUCAAAGGAAUUGACUUGGUGAAAAUGGAAGAAGCAAGAAUGGGCUACUUGUCAGCUCUUGCUGCUGCAAAAGAUGAUCCCACUGAUGAAACUUUAGCUGCUGCUGCUGCGGCGAGACUCACGCUACAAUCUUUAGUCUACUAACUCUUAAUGUUUAUAUGUUUUAUUGUUUGGCAAAGUCUCAGGGAUGAUGCUUUCUGCUGGGAUUGAAUCAAUAGGAAGAGAGAGUUCUAUAAAAAAGACAUUUUUUUAUGGAUUUUCAAAUUUUGUUGUAGUUUGGCACUUUGCUAUGGCAAAAAGGGUAGAUGUGAAAUUCAGGCAUUUUGCGAGCGCUAAAUGUGAAGUAGUAUUCUUUAGUGCUGAUUGUAGUAAUAGAUAUGAUGAGUGCUGCUGCUAUAUGGCAGGCAUCUUGGAUAGCAUUGGUGGGUGUUUGGAUUUGUUUUAAUUU